GAAAAGAAAAAGGAAACCUCAUUUCCCACGAUCCAUCUCCAUCCCUAAUAGGUUAGGGAGUUUCUUUCAGGAAGUCUUAUCAGCUGGGUUAUUUGUAAAUCAGAGGAUAAAAGUGGUUCGCGUUGCAUGCCCAAGCAAAGGCAGAGAAGGACGCAGGCGGCUUGUCUUGAGAGAUCUUCUACUUCCUCUUAAUUUUUAAAGACUAAUUUCCGUUAGCAUGAAUCUGUGGGCUCGGGCAGGCACGGUGGGCGCCCUGUCUUGUUACGUGCACAGCAGGAAGAUGGUACUGGCCGAAGCUGAAAGGAGCACCACAGAGAGCAGCAGCAACAACAGCCAGCCAGAGCUGAAACUGGUGCAGGUUCUGUUUCGGCAUGGCGCUCGCACGCCCCUCAAGCCAAUCCCAGCCGUUCAGCAGCAGGUGGAGUGGGAUCCUGCUCUUCUGGAGAUCCCUGAUCAAACAAAGUUUCAUUACACAGUAACUAAUCUCACAGGUGGACCAAGACCAUAUUCUCCUUAUGAAGAAAACUACAGAAAAACACUGCUGAAGGGAGGUGUACUUGCGGGGCAAUUGACAAAAGUUGGCAUGCUGCAAAUGUUCGCACUGGGGGAACGGCUAAGGAAACGUUACAUUGAGGAGUCCAAUUUCCUCUCAUCAUCAUACAAACCUUCUGAGGUCUUCAUCCGUUCCACUAAUAUUGUUCGGAAUCUGGAAUCCACACGGUGUUUGCUAGCUGGGCUGUUCCAACAACAGAAAGAACCUGUUACCAUUGUCACAGAUGAAGCAGAAUCUGAAAUCCUUUAUCCCAAUCCAAUGAACUGCCAACAACUGAAACAUAGGCAUAGAGAUAGAUUGGCUAGUGUGAAUUUGCACCAAGACAUAGCUGAAGAUCUGAAGAACAUUAAACAAAAGAUGGGCAUUAGCAAUGAGCAAGAAGUAGACUUCUUCCUCCUCCUUGACAACAUUUUUGCAGAACAGGCACAUGACCUACCAAGUUGCCCUGUUUUGAAGAAUUUUAUGCAGCUAAUUGAGCAGAGAGCUGUUGACUCGUUCCUUUAUGUUACAAAAUACAGUUCAAGGGAGAUUCUUCAGAUGUCUGUUGGUCCCCUCCUGUAUGCAGUAGAGGAGAACAUUCGGAAGGCAAUAGAAUCUUCCUCUUUUGAUAGUAACACCAGGAAGCUCAUUCUCUAUGCUGUUCAUGAUGUCACACUCUUCCCGUUGCUGAUGGCUAUGGGGGUCUUCAAUUCAAAGUGGCCUCCAUAUGCAGCAGAUGUGACUCUGGAACUCUAUCAGCAUUCCAAGGACUGGUUUAUACGACUGAUCUAUAAUGGAGAGGAGCUGAUUCCAAGAGGGUGUAAAGAUGGUUUCUGUCCACUAGAAGAUUUUUUAAAUGCUCUUUCAGUAUAUAGCACAAAGCCACUGGUAUAUAAAAUGAUUUGUUCCCAGACAGAAGAGGCACUUUUACAACACAGUUGAUCAGGAAGGCACAGCAACCUUGUUACUCUUUCUAAAUAGUGUAAAAGUAAUGUAUUAUUCAUUGUAUUUUAACUUGAUAGCUUAAAUAGAUAGCAACCAAAAGCUUUUUAUAAUGGUGAAAAUGGAUGUUGGUUUCACAUUCUGGAAAUGAGCAGAAGUAGUAAAAUGAAAGCUAUUUUGGAGAGGGCAUACUAUAUUACUACCUACAGGGAGUAUUGAUGGA